ACCCUUACGCCACCCUAUACUAGUUCCCACUCCUCCCGCUCCCUACCCGUUAACAAAUACCAUUAUUAUCCCUCCCGCCCCGAAUCUCAUCUCUCGAAGCUCUGGCCUCAUACCCGCCUCCGAGCCCACCAGAGCGCAACGAUGAAUAAGAACUGGAAUGACAGGGCUGACAAGGACCUCUUCUUCACCAUCCUCUCCGUCAAGAACAUCGGCGUGAUAAGUGGCGCAGAAUGGACGACCAUCGGUAACCACAUGCGUUCCUUGGGUUACGGCUUCACGAAUGAGGGAUGCCGCCAACAUUUUCAAGGCCUCCGCAGGGCCCAGCAUAAAACCGAUACCAAUGGCAACGUGCUUGAUAGCCAGCGCAGGGCGGAUCCUACUAUGAACCCCAUCACACGGCGCCCGGGUCCUGGUCGUGGACGGCCUCGGAAGCAACCUUCCGCUUCCAUCACGGAUCUCAACCCGACGUCGCCAUCGGGGACGCCGGGUGACGGCCAGGGGGUUCAGGAGGCUCGAGAGGUCCCGGAAGUUCGUGAGGCUCAAGAGAUUCUAGAGCCUCGUAGCGUACACGAAGCCCAAGAAGCUCAAGAGGCUCACGAACCCCACGAACCCCGUCAAGUCAACGAGCCGCAGGAACCACUAGAAACCCAGGAAAUUCGAAACGCAGAACUUAUCCCUACAUUCAAACCCAUUAAUCCGCCAAUGCAACUUCCUACCGAAGAAGCAGACUCUUCAAGCCUAGCGCAAGAGGACUCCACUCUCGACGAACAGCCUUCCAAACGUCCGCGCCUCGGAGAAGACAACCAGCGUCGAAAUGGCGACGGAGCCGACCUGGCCCUAGCAUCAGACGACAUACCCGGACCAGGAGAUCAUUUUGAACCACCAGGAAGGUACUACGGCGAGGCGUGAAGGACACGACUCCUUUUUCCUUAUAGCAUCUUCAAGACAGUCAACACACA